GCUGGGUGAAGAACCGGUCUCCAGGGAUUUCGACUACCUCGGCCAGCUGAUAGAAUCAUGGCAACAACCCCUGCUACUGCUUUUGAGGCCCUCAUGGAGGGAGUGACAAACUGGGAUGUCCCCAAAGGUCCCAUCCCCAGUGAACUCCUUCUUAUUGGAGAAGCUGCCUUCCCAGUAAUGGUGAAUGACAAGGGCCAGGUGCUCAUUGCUGCAUCUUCCUAUGGUGAAGGCCGGCUGGUGAUCUUACCCCAUGAAGGCUACCUGCUACAUGCUGGCCUGGCUCCAUUUCUUCUUAAUGCUGUGGGCUGGCUGCGCCCCUCCCCUGGAGCUCCCAUUAGAGUCCACACAUCCCUGGCAUCACUAGUGAACAUCCUGCAGAACUCCGGGAUUGAAGCCCAGACUGCACCAGAACCAGGAGAGGGCCUGGGGGUUUACUGCACCAGUGCCUAUGAUAAUGCCAUGACUGCGACGCUGAUCCAGUAUGUGAAACAUGGAGGGGGCUUGCUCAUCGGGGGCCAAGCCUGGUAUUGGGCUAGUAAGCAUGGUCGUGACAAGGUGCUGUCCACGUUCCCUGGGAACAAGGUGACAAGUGUGGCUGGAGUGUACUUCACUGACAUCUGUGGAGACAGAGGCCGGUUCAAGGUCUCUAAGAAAGUGCCCAAGAUUCCACUCCAUGUCAGGUGUGGGGAGGAUCUCAGGCAGGACCAGCAGCAGCUCCUGGAAGGGAUCUCAGAGUUGGACAUCAGGACAGGGGGCAUUCCCUCUCAGCUGCUGGUGCAUGGAGCCCUGGCCUUCCCCCUUGGGCUUGAUGCUUCACUUUGCUGCUUUCUGGCAGCUGCCCGCUAUGGCCGUGGCCGGGUGGUCCUGGCUGCCCAUGAGGGCAUGCUCUGUGCUCCCAAGAUGCAGCCCUUUAUGCUGAAUGCUAUACACUGGUUGGCUAGAGGCCAGACUGGCAAAGUUGGGGUUAACACAAAUCUGAAAAAUCUAUGUUCCCUACUGUCAGAGCAUGGUCUGCAGUGCAGCCUAGAGCCCCAUCUAACCAGUGGCAUGUGUGUCUACUGCUGCAUGGCUUACAGUGACAAGGAGGCUAAGAAGCUGCAGGAGUUCGUGGCCGAGGGUGGGGGACUGCUAAUUGGUGGCCAGGCCUGGUGGUGGGCCUCCCAGAACCCAGGCCGCUCUGCUUUGGCUUAUUUCCCUGGUAAUAUCAUCCUCAACUGCUUUGGCCUCAGCAUCAUGCCUAGGACACUCAGCCCAGGCUGUUUCCCUGUUCCCUCCUCUGGGACUAGGAGCUACCACUUCCGCAAGGCACUGUCUGAGUUUCAGGCUGUACUGAGCGACAGGAGCAGAAAUUUGGAAAAGAACUGUCUGGCAAAGUUGGGGGUAGAUGGUGCAGCCUUUCUACAGAUUCCAGCAGAGGGGAUCCCUGCUUAUGUAUCCCUACACCGGCUCCUGAGAAAGAUGCUGCGGCAAUCGGGCCUCCCAACUGUGAGCAGAGAAAACCCAGUGGCCAGUGACUCCUGUGAGGCUGCAGUGCUCUGCCUGGCCACAGAGCUGGCACAUUCUGGAACUGACUGCUCCCAGCUGACCCAGGGCCUUGGUAGUCGGACCUGCUCCUCCAGUUUGUACCCCUCAGAACACCCCAUAACGGUGGAGAUCAAUGCAACCAACCCAGGCAGCGGUGACUCCUGGGUGAGUACAGGGCUCUACCUCCUGGAAGGGCAAAAUGCAGAAGUCUCACUAUCAGAAGCUGCUGCCUCUGCUGGCCUCAAGAUACAGAUUGGCUGCCACACUGAUGACUUGACCAAGGCCAGGAAGCUCUCUCGAGCCCCCGUGGUGACACACCAGUGCUGUAUGGAUAGGAUCAAACGGUCAGUGUCCUGCCUCUGGGGUGGCCUCCUCUACAUCGUUGUGCCCGAAGGUAGUCAACUCGGCCCUGUGUCUGUCACCAUCAAGAGGGCUGUGCCUGCCCCCUACUAUAAGCAGGGUGAGACAUCCCUGGAAGAGUGGAGAAGCCGUGUCCAGAAGAACCUGGCACCGUGGGGGGAGCUGGCCACAGACAACAUCAUCCUCACGGUACCAACCACAAGCCUCCAGGCCCUGGAAGACCCUCAGCCCAUGCUCCACCUCUGGGAUGAGAUGAUGCAGGCUGUGGCCAGACUAGGGGCACAGCCCUUCCCUUUCUGCCGGCCAGAGAGGAUCGUUGCUGAUGUACAGAUCUCAGCUGGCUGGAUGCACUCAGGGUACCCCAUCAUGUGUCAUCUGGAGUCGGUGCAGGAGCUAAUCAGCGAGGCAGGCAUGAGGAGCAGAGGACUGUGGGGCCCCAUUCAUGAGCUGGGCCACAACCAGCAAUGCCAGGGGUGGGAGUUCCCCCCACACACCACUGAGGCCACUUGCAACCUGUGGUCAGUCUAUGUACAUGAGACAGUGCUGGGCAUCCCCCGGGCCCAGGCCCACCCUGCUCUCAGACGUCCAGAAAGAGAAAAGAGAAUCAAAGCCCAUCUGAGGAAAGGAGCCCCUCUGCGUGACUGGAGUGUGUGGACAGCUCUGGAAACAUAUCUACAGCUCCAGGAGGGCUUCGGGUGGGAGCCAUUCACCCAGCUCUUUGCUGAGUACCAGACCCUGUCUGGCGUCCCCAGUGACAACGCUGGCAAGAUGAAUCUAUGGGUGAAGAAGUUCUCUGAAAAAGUGCAGAAGAAUCUGGUGCCUUUCUUUAAGGCCUGGGGUUGGCCUGUCCAAAAGGAAGUGGCUGACAGCCUGUCCUCCUUGCCAGAGUGGAAGGAAAACCCCCUGACAGCCUACAUCUGAUCUGAGGGGAAAGGAACACCCAGCUGGGGAGGGGGAGAGCAGGGAGGACUGUGCCAGCUCCUCUGCUGUGGCUCUGGCCUGCUGUGAUCAUGCCUGGAGCCUGAAUCCCACUUCCCAGCAUGUCUUCCCAUGGCCGUCCAGGGAACACCUUUGUCAGGAAUGUGCCUUCCCACUGCUUCCACACAUUUCUCAGCUGAUCUGUGGCUCUCACCCAGACACUUGCUCCCCAUCCUAGUCCCACAGCUUCUCAUUUGGCCAUCUGAGGUUCUAUUUUUGAGCAGUGGGUUCUAAAGAUCAUGGGUUCCCGUAAUAAUCUAAUUUCAGUUCCUUUCCCCUGUACCCCUGAGCAAGGCUUCUAAUUCCUUCUGCUUUGAGAUGUUUUUAUAUCUUGAAUGGCAGGUUGCUAUGGUGGAGAGGGCCUGAGCCAGCCUUGGUUCUCUGUGUUUCUGCCUUCUCAUCCAUGACAUGGGGACACACAGCCCUUCCUCAAAGGGCUGUUGCUUGGCAAUGCUGAGGUCUGAGUGGUACAGUGUGCACAGACACGUGGGGGUGUCUGGAAGCCCUCCCGGGGCCCACAGUGGCCCCACACAAUGUUCAGUGUGCGUUGAUUCCUGAGCACCCAGCUAUGGCUUCAUUU